AUGACGAGAAAAAAAAUUCAGAUCAAGAAGAUUGACAACAUAGCGGCAAGACAGGUGACUUUCUCAAAGAGGAGAAUAGGACUUUUCAAUAAAGCUCAUGAGCUUUCCACUCUUUGCGAUGCUGAGAUAGCUCUUCUAGUCUUUUCACCCAUUGGAAAGCUCUUUGAGUACUCCAACACAAGGUUGAAAUAUCUGCCUGCUGUUCCAUUUAAUGUGCUGAAUCCAUAUCUUAUGACUGAUAUGCUAUCUUACAAGAAGUUAAUAUCUGCUAUCUUACAAGAAGUUGAUGCUUUCCAUAUAUCUUUGCCAUGCAACUUAGAACACAACACUGAUAUUUUACCUUUCAUUUUUCUAUUUAAGGUGAAAGGUGAUCUUUCAAGAGAAAUCAGUCUUUCAUCUAACAUAUUGUUAGAAACCUUCAUAUUACAAUCAAUUAUCAAGAUACCUACAAUAUUAAACGACUACACCUUAUAUUUCACCACAAUUAAGACUUGCAAAUUGCUAUCUCAAGAGAAGUACUUAAACCUAGAGUAA